AUGGGCCAAGUCGUGUACGAUGGUGGGUCCUGGAAGCUGACGGCGCUGGUCGAGAAUAUCUACGGAUCUACCUUGUACCAGUUCUUCGAUCCGGACACGGGUUCCGGCAUCGGGUCCAUCCUGGACGGCAUCGGCAUUACAGCGCUGGGGAUCGAGUACGACUACGCGGCCGGCGGCGGCGCGACCAACUUCGCGAUCAACGGUGACUUGGUCAUUGGAUCGCUAGGCUUGUCGCUCGACUUCAAAUACGCGGCGUCAGGCUGGACCUUUGAGGCUUACCUUGACGUCACCAAGACCGACGUCGGCAAGGCCAAGUUGUCGGACGUCAUCAAGUACGUCUUUGGCGACCACGCCGAUGACAACCUGCCCGACUUCAUCCUUGAUAUUUCAGUCGUACCGCCGAACGACAAGAAGGCUGUAGGGUUUGACAUGACGGCGCUACAGGUCCCGGAAGGAGCGACGGAUAAACCUCUCCUCUUCACCGCAUGGCUCGAUUUCCUCGGCAUGAGUUUUCAGGCAAUCCAAUACCAGCCACCCGCGCCGGGUGAUUCCAAGGUUCGGCCGCCUGCUCGGCGUAUAUUUGUGUUAGCCGUCAACUCUCUGCCUCCCGUUGACAUACCGUUGAUCGGCAACCUGACGCAACCGUUUGACGAGUUGCUCCUGCUCUACGUCAGUGCCGGUGAGGGUGACACAGCCAUGUCUGGCGUCACGUACGCCGACCUCAAGACCAUCAAUGGGGAGCUCCAGCGAGUGGGCAGGAGGCCGCUGCCGUACCGCGCGACCAAGAAGCAGUACGCUGACGAAGACGUGGUUCUCACCAUCGGCGCGCACUUUAUUCUUGUGCUCAAGGACACCGCGGGGCAGCCCAAGGUCAUGCUGGACUAUGUUUUCUACACACCCUCGACUGACUCAAAGGCGCUCGUGGGUCUGUGGCAGGAGUCGGGACCGGCGCCGGCGCCGGCUAAGGCGCCGUACGAGAAGCGGAUUGGGCCCUUGAGCAUCCGCAACAUGGGCUUCAAGUACAGCCCGGGCAUAGAACCAAUGCUAUCCAUUACCAUGGACGCGUCAGUCGCCCUGGGCCCUAUUGCUCUCGAUCUGCUUGGUUUCAGCCUCGACCUUACGUUUGAGAAGGGCAUGACGCUCUUGCAGCUGCCUACGCCCUCGGUUUCUCUCUCGGGCUUGGGCGUCGCCUUCGACCGGCCGCCCGUUAUCUUAGCCGGCAUGUUUGAGCACCGCCACGUGGAAAAACCCGUGGAGCAGGACUAUUACCAGGGCGCCGUCACGCUAAGCUUUCAGCCGUACCUCUUCACAGCCGCAGGGUACUACGGCACCACCAACGCCCCCUCGGGAGCCUUCAUUUCGGCCUUUGUCUACUUUGUUCUCAACGGCCCGCUCAUCGAGCUCGAAUUCGCCGAGAUCAACGGUGUCACCGGCGGCUUUGGCUACAACACCUUCCUACACUUCCCUAAUCCGACAAGCGUGCUCGACUUCCCGUUCUUGCGCGACCCCGGAGACACGGACCCGAGCAAGCAGCUUACUGCGCUCGUCGGGGGCCCAUGGUUCUUCCCACAGGAUGGCGCCUUCUGGCUAGCCGCUGGUCUCAGCGUCAAAGCCCUCCAGGUGCUGCAGGUGCGGCUCGUGCUUGCCGUCGAAUGGAACCCCAGCGUACAGCUGGGACUGUUUGGGGUGGCUACCGCAGACAUGCCGGCGGGGAGUAACGACUCGCUCAAGAUCAUGCAUGUCGAGCUCGGCAUCACGGCCAUCUUUGACUUUAGCACCGACACGCUCCGCAUCGAGGGCCAGCUGGCGCCGUCGUCGUUUGUGUGGAAUCCCUUUUGCCACCUCAGCGGUGGGUUUGCGUACUACCAAUGGUUCCGAACCCUAGAUACGGGCGGCGGCAGCAGCGGCGAUGCGCCCAUUCCCGCGGGCGACUUUGUCUUUACAGUGGGCGGCUAUCACCGCAACUUCAAGCCGCCGGCGCAGUACCCAUCGGCUGUACCCAGGCUGUCCAUCAGCUGGUCUUUUGACUCGGCUAUCAGCAUCACGGGCGAGGCCUACUUCGCCAUCACACCCAACGUGGUCAUGGCUGGCGGGCGGCUCGACGCCUCGCUCUCGGCCGGGCCGCUGUCGGCUUGGUUCGACGCCUGGGCCGACCUGCUCAUCAACUACAAGCCGUUCCACUUCACUGCGUACGGUGGCGUGUCGGUCGGCGUCGAGUUCACGCUCGACCUGUGGAUUUGUACUAUUCACAUCAGCAUCGAGAUUGGUGCUACCUUGUUCCUUGCUGGCCCGCCCCUACACGGGACUGUUCAUGUUGACUUUUGGGUGCAUGGCUUCGACAUUGACUUUGGCGACAGCGCGGGCGGCCCGGAGGAGAGGCUCAUCCUGGACCAGUUUUACGAGCUCUUGCUGCAGGCCGACCUGUCCAAGGCCGAUGAUGACGACGACGGUUGCGAGCAUGGGAGUUCGGCCACGCUCGAAGACCCGCCGUCAAACCUCCCACCCCCGCACGUCUACUCUUGCAACGAGGGGCUUAUCCCGACGGGCGACUCUGAGUCGACGCCCAACAAGGCUGACGAGCCCUGGCGUGUUCGUGGCGCAGUAUUCCAAUUUACCGUCGGCUGCAAGUUCGCCAUCGACUCGGCUGACGUCGUCACGGGCCAGGUGGACCCGAACGCGCCGAAGAUUGAUCCGCACCACAUUCCUGGCAACGGCCAAGCCAUCUACGCCAGGCCCAUGCACCUCACUGACAAGCUGCGCAGUACCCUGACGGUGACCAUCACGCCUGAGGACCCACCCGCGAGACGGUUAGAUGAGCUGGUCGAUCCGCCGCCGCUCGUGCCGGUUUGGGAUAAUGGCGUGGCGGUUACCAAGCCUGUGCCCAAGGCGUUAUGGGGGAUGUACUCAGCAACAGACGACCCAAACAGCCCCUUUAACCCCGACCCGAACCACAACCCCAACCUCCUCCAACCCUCCAACACCGGCAACCCAUCAUCUCCCACCGACACCCUCGUCCCCUUAACCAUGGGCGUGACCCUAUCCUCCCCUCUGCCGCGCAUCUCGACAGAUUGGAUCCCUUCUUUCAACCCCAAAACGUUCUUCGUCCGCAACGUGGACGAACCGGUGAAAUUCCCUUCUCCAGAGCCGAGCAACCCGGCAUGGUAUCCCCGCCCGCUCGCGGACGGGGGUGAUGAUGAGUGGGAGUAUGUACGGGCUAAGUGGGACGCGACGCCAGGGUUGGGUGUGGGCGCCGCUGAGCUGGCUGUGAAAACGUGGGCGGGGCUGAGUUUUGCCGGGUGGCGGGUGGAUGAGGAGAUGGGGGAUAUUACUGGACGGAAGCCGGGGGCGUUGUUGGAUAAGGACUCGGGGGAGUUUGAGAGGGUUUAUUUGGAGGCGAUGAGGGUUUGUGCUGUUGCUUAA